AUGAAUGUAACUCCUGAGCGCCUCCUAGUGCUCAUAGAGCAUGAGAGUGGGCCGAGAAAAGGGUCCAGGGACCAUCCACAUUCAGGUCAACAAAUACUCCCCUUAAAUAAGAUCAGUGAGUUUGCGUUAGUGGAUUGUGCAUCUAUUACUUCUGGAAACAUGUUUCCAGUGAUUCUGCUUCUGAUAGGCAUGUCUGGCCUCACUUUACCUGUUCAAGCAGCACCGGGUCUAUUGGAAGACAUUGUCACGACAGCUUUCGAACUUAUUGAUGAAAUAUAUGAUUACGCUGCUAAUGACACAGAUUAUAUAUCACUAUCUUCAGCAGAAAUGAAUGACACCAUUGAUUGGAUUUUUUCCUUCUUUGAUGAACCAGAAGUGUGUGAUCCAAAUCCUUGCCAGAACAACGGAGUAUGUGAGAUCCUAGAUGAUGACAGAUAUAAAUGUAUCUGUCCAGAGCCUUACAUUGGCAAAAAUUGUCAAAAUGAGAGGAACGUGUGUAAGAAAGUGAAGUGUGGUCAUGGUGAUUGUGUCAGAACUCAGAAAUCCCCAUUUUAUGAAUGCAAGUGCUGGCCCCCCUAUGUGGGCUCUAAGUGCAAGAAAGCCUCUGCGUGUAAACCAAGUCCAUGCCUGAAUGGUGGAAGGUGUGUUAAAGGCCGUUUAAGAUCUAGUUUUACAUGCAAGUGUCCCGUGGAUUACAGUGGGAGGUUCUGCCAAGUUGGUCCAAAUGAUUGCUACGUAGGGAAUGGGGCAUCAUACAGAGGUUUUGUCAGUGAGACAUUAGAUGGAUUUGAAUGUUUACCCUGGAACCACCAUCUUAUUCCCUACAGUCAAAGCAUUGGAACCCACACUUACUGCCGAAACCCGGAUGGAGACCGGGAACCAUGGUGCUUUGUGAAACAGAAGGGCAAACUCCAGUGGGAUUACUGUAAUGUCAGGCCUUGUUCUGAACCAGAACCAGUAAAACCCUCCACAACCCCUGCAAAACUGGAAUUUUCUGACUGUGGAAAGAUUCAGACUAAUAUAUCCCCAAGGAUAUUUGGUGGGAGGAAGUCCCUGCCUGAAGCGCAUCCCUGGCAGGUCUCAUUUCAGGUCCGGCCCAAGGGCUCUAAUGCAACCUUCGACCACCAUUGUGGAGGAAUCCUUAUCGACUCCUGUUGGGUCCUAACUGCUGCUCACUGUAUUGAUCAGAACCACGAGGUGAGGUUGGAGGUGGGUGGUGUGAACCUGGAGAAAAAUGACCCUGCAAAACAGUUUAUGGAGGUGGAGAAAACCUUUGUUCAUGAGAACUAUACAGAGACACCUGAAGCCCUUUAUAGUGAUAUAGCCCUUCUAAAACUAAAGGCAAUAAAUGGACGGUGCGCCAAUGAGACCAGUGCUGUUAAGGCAGCAUGUCUCCCCACUGAUUCAUUCCCUGAUGAAACACUGUGCACCAUAUCAGGCUAUGGAGUCACUGAGAAAGAUAAGUAUGCUGCCUCUCCUCAGCUGCUGGAUGCCAAAGUUCUCCUGAUCUCUCAGAAACGCUGUAUGUCUGCUAAAGUCUAUGGGAAUGUAAUGGAUGAUUCCAUGCUGUGUGCUGGAUACAUGCAAGGAAAGAUUGACUCUUGUUCGGGUGAUUCUGGUGGACCCCUUGUUUGUCAGAAGGAUGAGAUUCAUUACGUCUAUGGUGUGGUGAGCUGGGGUGACAACUGUGGCAAGAAGAACAAGCCAGGUGUCUAUGCCCGUGUCACCACAUUCAUUGACUGGAUCAAUGAAAAGAUGCGUGCAGCUUAGAAUGGAUUCUCAGGAGAUAAAUAUAUAUAGAUAUAUAGUCAAUUAGUUAAUUAAUAGUAAAUAAUAAUUCAUAGUUAAUAAAGGCAUAACAACAGCAUAGGUUUAAAGUGUUUUAGAACAGGUCUGGUCAAAAAUAUUUUUGGGGGUGAUUAUCCUUGCAAUACAACCACUUUUGUGAUUCAUGUACAUAAUGAGAUAAAGUUGUGAGGAAACUGACAUAUCUCUCCUGCAUUUGAGUGUAACAGAUUAUUGAAAAAGAAAAAUGUAGGUUGGAACUUGUUGAUUUUUACUUAUUAUGGACAUAGCAAUAACAUUGGACGAAUCAGAUGCAUUGUUUAAAGUGUUAUAGCACAAUUUUCAACACCUGUCCAUAGGGGCUGUUACAAAAAAAA